CCAAGCAGACGAUGCGAAAUUGCCCUUAUUUUGCGAAUGCGCAACAUCCGCGCAUCGCCCGGGCCCUCAACGAUCACUUACGUGCUAAUAACGCACCGAUAUCUCUUCGGCACUCACCGAUUUCCCGUGAAAAUCUGCAAAUAGAUACCAGCGACCACGGAAACACGAACACCAUAUACAUGUAUACGAGUCUGGAAUAACGUGAUUGGAUAGUGCUUCUGGGGUACGCGUUAUGGCGUCUAUCUGAUGUACGUUCUUAUUGGGUCCUGAAACACGUGACUCUUGUUCUCAGCGUCCCUGGAGUGAUGUUGCUGAGUUUCAGUCUAACCUAACUUGUAUACCUGAAACAGGUAGAAGCAAUCGUUCUUCACGUUGUUUUGACGUUUUCUAUUUGAACGACUGCAGAAUUGAAAAAAUGCUGCAUCUCAGACAAUAUGGGAUUCGAUUGGCUAGUACAUCAACAAUUUCAGGAACAACUAAACCAGGAAAAUUAUUAGACUCAAUUAUAAGAGUAGAUCAUGCUGGAGAAUUAGGAGCAGAUAGAAUAUAUGCUGGACAAAUGGCUGUUUUAGGUAGAACUUCUGUUGGCCCAACUAUUCAACAUAUGUGGGAUCAAGAGAAAAAACAUUGUGCAAAAUUUGAAGAAUUAAUUACAAAAUAUCGUGUAAGACCCACUGUCUUAAUACCUAUUUGGAAUGUUGCUGGAUUUAUUCUUGGUGCUGGUACAGCACUUAUGGGAGAGAAAGCAGCUAUGGCUUGCACUGUAGCUGUUGAAACAGUGAUUACAGAGCAUUAUAAUGAUCAAUUGCGCGCAUUAGUAGAAAAUGAGGAAAAAGUAGAUGAAGAAAUUUUAGAAACAAUUAAAAAAUUCCGUGAUGAAGAACAAGAACAUCAUGACACAGUACCUCCUUCACAGUAUGGUCCUUGAAAUCCUGGUGGACAUGAACAAACACCAGGUGCUGUACAAUUACCACCAUUCAUACAGUUUGGAUAACACAAUGCCUUCUUACAAUGAGGUGGACCUAAAUAUCCAUCUGGACAAGGUCCAGGAUUAGGUUCUGCAAUAAAAAAUAUUGCAUAUAAAAAAAUUAUUUUCAUGAUAUUAAUAUUAAAUAGAAAAUUUGAAUAGAAUAAGUGUGAUUUUAAAUGUAUUUUUUAAUACAUUUGUAUCCAUGCAUGAUAUU